AUGUUCGGCGCAUUCAAACCCACCUCGGCUCUAUCAGGAGGCCUGCUCUGGUAUGCACAGCUUCUCUUGCGCCAGCGCCGUCGCCUGCGUCGUGUCGACAACAUCGUUUCCGUCCUCGACAGUGCUCUUCAAAGACAGGUCCAGUCACAACCCGCCACCACUGCCACAAAGGGAAUCGGCGCCACCCAGGCCACCACCGAGGAGCUCGCUCAAACCGCCCAGGGCCAGCGCUUGAUGAAUGCAGAGACCAACACUCCUCUCAACGACCGUAGACAUGGCAGGGGCCCGAGGCAGGGCGAAAUCCUCAGUGGUAGCCUGCCUAUGGGCACCGUUACCAUGACUGCAGACCAGGCUAGGAAGAUGGGUACCAUCAAGCUGAUCGAGCGAUGGAAGGCCGACAUGCCCACCGAAGCCGAGAUGCUGCCAAGAGACAAAUACACAAUGUUCGACCGCAAGGAGAAGAAGUACAGAAAGGGUAUCCACAAGCUGCCCAAGUGGACCAGAGUCUCUCAGCGCGUGAACCCUCCUGGUUUCUAA